AUGACUGCUCUCCGAAUCCCAGAUGGAACAACUACAGGAUCAAGAAGUGGGUUGAAAAAGGUCAUUCGCGGUCACUUCUACUCAGAUCUCUUCGACAACCACGUCCACUUGCCUUCUCACCAUCUGAGGGAAGAUGGACAUGUCAUUCCAAAGGUCGUACACUCCGAAGUCCGACGUGCAAUUAUGUCGGUGAAGAAUUGUACUUCACCCGGUCUUGACAGAAUCAAGCCUGAACAUCAGAAGUACCUACCGCCAGUCCUCAUCAACACAGGGCUCUUCACUCGCUAUCUGUCGGAAUGCAAGGUUACUAAGCAACGGAAAACCAGCAAGACUGUGCUGUUGUAUAAGAAAGGAAACCCACAAAACAUCGGCAACUAUCGUCCAAUCUGCUUACUAUCCGUCAUCUACAAACUCUUUACAAGCGUGAUCCUUAUUAGGAUUGAAAAAGUAUUCGAUGAAGGAAAGCCAUGCGAGCAAGCAGGGUUUCGAAAAGGAUUCAGUACGAUUGACCACAUACACACUGUUUCAAAACUCAUAGAACUAUUGCGAGAGUACAAGAUGCCGCUGUGUCUCACUUUCCUUGAUAUUUGA